AAAAUACAGAAAAAAAGACUCAAAGAGGCGCACUAGAAUUUUAUUCACUGCUGUCUGAGACUCUGAACACAGUCCUGCUCGCAAACGUAGUAUAAUAUGUCUGCGAGUUUUUCUCCAGAAUUUUUUUUUUCUAUUUCUCCAUAAAUUUCUAUCCCACCCCAGAUGAAUCUUGAUCGUGUAUUGUAAUAGAAAUAAAGUAGAUGAUGGUGAUGGGGAAAAGAUGGCAUCUUUAUCGAUUUUAUCUGAGUUUGUUUCUCAUAUUUUUAGCUCUGUCCGUAUGUGAUUCACAAGAACAGCCAUUAAAUACCUACACUAUUUCUAGCUUCUCAUAUGCUAAAACACCGCUCAGACCAUAUGAAUGGCGUUAUAUCAGAGUUGAAUUGCCACAAUGGUUCUAUUCAAUGUCCUUUUCUUUGGAAACCGAUUUGCACCUUGAUGUUGGUAAAAAUAAUGCAUCAUCGAGGUUUUCGCAAAUUAUAUGCGUCCGAGAAGGGAGUCCUCCUCUACCUGAUGUGUAUAACACUUCUCAGAUGGGUUUCGUGAUAGAUCACAUUUCAAAUGAUUCUUUUGUUGGGACACAAAGUCUUCAAAACUCUGAAAAGUGCUACCCAUUGCAGAGGAAUAUUUCAUUGAGAUUGACGAAUGAGCAGAUUUCUCCAGGUUCAUGGUACUUUGGGCUAUUCAAUGGCAUCGGGCCAGCUCGGACACAAUCUAAAAUGAUUAAUCGAGGAAAUUCAUACUCCUUUAGUGGCAACAUUAGUGUGGAAGGAUGUGCAACCUCAAUGAUGCUCGGCCAGUUUUGUAACCAAACAGUUAAUGUUCUUUCAUGCCAUGACAAUGAAUUCUAUAACAACAUGGAGAAAAAUGCUACUGCAUGCACAAAUUCAAAUGGAAUUAGCUGCCAUGAAGAUAUGAAAAUCUAUUCAUUGGAUGUGAUGGGAAUUUCGGAAAGGCUAAUUUUUUCUGUAGCGAAUUUGACAUUUUUUAACGGGACGCGAGCUUUAAUGUGUUAUGUUAGAUACGGUGCAAUGCCGUUUGAUACAGUUUACGAUUUUUCUGCUGACUUAAGUAAAGCCCCUUUGAUGGUAGAUUUUCCAAAAGCUGGCCGUUGGUAUAUUACAGUUCAGCCCGUUGAUAUCUCUAAUAGAACCCAAUUGGUGCAAAGCAAUAGCUCAAGAGCAUGCUAUCUUUUGGAGUGGCAAAUGCUUCACUGUCCUGUGGGCAAAACUGGAUUAAACUGCAGUUUUGAGAGAUACAUGCUUCAGGCAGUUCUUAGGAAAAACCCAUCUCUCUCUUUCGAGUCCAACUUUAUUCCAAUAACCGAAAAAUUGUCCUCAGCUUCACCAAUCUUUCCUCUGGAGCCCCUUACGAGUAAUAUUUCGGCUGGAGCAAAUAAUAAUAAUAGUGAUGCUUGGACUUUUUUCCUGCUCGAUAUCCCUUAUAGUGCUACAGGAGCAAAUAUUCACAUCCUCUUAACCUCAGAGUCAAAAAUCAGCUACGAACUUUAUGCAAGAUACGGAGGAUUACCUUCUCUUACUAGUUACGAUUAUUUCUAUGCGAACAGUACAAGAAGCAGCAAUGGCUCGAUGUUUUUCAGGACAUAUGACUCAAGUGAGAAGAAAAUUAGUUUUUAUAUUUUGUACGUACGAGGAGGAACAUGGGGCAUUGGGUUGUUAAGAAAACUAAAUUCUACCGGUUUGACUGGUCAAACUAUGAUCUCGUUGUCUCUCGAGAGGUGUCCAAACAAAUGUUCCUCACAUGGGACUUGUCAAAUGGGUAUGGAUGCUAGCGGACUCACAUUAUAUAGUUACUGUGCCUGUGAUAGGAACCAUGGAGGUUUCGACUGUAGUAUUGAGCUCGUGUCCCAUCGAGGAAAAAUGCUGAAAACUCGUGUAGGGCACAUUCGUCAAUCGAUUUUCCUCAUAGCAUCCAAUGCUGCAGCCGUGCUCCCGGCCUAUUGGGCUCUCCGGAAUAAGGCAUUUGCGGAAUGGGUUCUCUUUACAUCGAGUGGCCUCUCGAGUGCACUCUAUCAUGCGUGUGAUGUGGGCACAUGGUGUGUUUUGUCAUUUCGUGUCUUGCAGUUCUUGGACUUUUGGCUUUCGUUCAUGGCCGUUGUGAGUACGUUUGUGUACUUGUCCACGAUUAGUGAAGUCUCAAAGAGGACAAUUCAUACAAUUCUUGCAAUCGUAACGGCUCUUUUGGCAGAAACUGGGCCCACCAGGUCCAAAAACAUUGGAUAUGUGCUCGGACUUGGAGCUGCGGGCCUUCUUGUUGGUUGGCUUAUCGAGUUCGGUGCUCGAAAUCGGUCAUUGUCCAUUUCAGGGGAGUUUCAUUUGAAUAUUCAUCACAGAUGGGAAAUUACGAAAGGAUGGGUAAGCGACAUUAUCAAGACAAUCGUAAAACGGUUCAGAUGGGGAUUUCUUAUAGCAGGUUUUGCUGCAUUAGCAAUGGCUGCUGUAAGCUGGACAAUGGAGAGCACUGAAAGCUACUGGAUUUGGCACAGUUUGUGGCACAUAUUUGUAUACACUUCUUCAUUCCUUUUCCUCUGUUCGAAAGCAAAAAUCGAGAUCAGUGAAAACGAGAGGUCUUCAGACGCUUUCAACUGGUUCUGA